AUGGCUCUAUGUCUAGCGAGUUCAUUGGUGAUACACCAAGGAUUUUUUCCUUAUGAUCAGCUUGUUCGAUACAAAUGGUGGUAUAGGAAUGGUUACAUGUCCUCUAUAGGAGAAUGUUUUGAUAUUGGUGCGUCAAUCAAACGAUCAUUGCUUGAAUUUGAAAUUCGCCAAUAUGAUUUCGCUGAAAAAUACAAUAUUCCUCGUGAACGGGUAGAUUAUCUUACGUCUUCUCAAGUUACAGGUAAGUUCAAUUUAUUGUGUAGUGACAAGGAUGUAGCUGGUAACGGUGCUUUAAUGCGCAUCGCUCCUGUGCCACUCUUCUUCCACCACCAUCCCAAGUAUGCCGUCCAUUAUUCUGAUAUUAGUACAAGAGUAACUCACAAUGAUCAGCGUGCUUAUGAUGCAUGUCGUUAUUACAGCGCUCUAAUUGUGGCUGCUCUCCAAAACGAAACUAAAAGUGCACUGCUCAACAACGAUUUUUAUCAGAAUCAUAUACAAUGGUUCAAUUCUAAACCACUUCAUCCAGAAAUUAUGAAAGUCGCGCAAGGAUCUUACAAAAAGCAGGGUGGAUACGACGAAGGUAUUCGAGGCACAGGAUAUGUUGUUCACUCUUUAGAAGCCGCUUUGUGGGCCUUUUGGUCUGAUGGAGAUUCGUUCGAAAACGGUGUUCUCGCUGCUAUUAACCUUGGCGAUGAUACUGACACAACAGCGGCAAUUUAUGGUCAGUUAGCCGGUGCCUACUAUGGUUACAAUCGAUUACCUAACAAAUGGCUGAAUAAUCUGUACGGUAAAGGUUUUAUAGAGUGUCUGAGCAAAUGGAUUGUAUUUGAAGGGGAAAGAUGGAGCCCAGAAAAACGGCCGCCUUUAACAACAACUACUUCUAUCGUCCAACAACAAGCAAAUGUUACCACGAGCGUGUCUAAUAAGCAACAUCUAUAUUCUAACACGAACACAUCUGCUUCUCAAUCUAAUUCACAAAAAAUCGCUCAAACACAUUCUACGAGAAAUCAAGGAUUCACGCCCGAACGCUUUCCUCAGGCCACGACUGGAGAAGAACAAAAUAGACCUAAGAAACAAACUUCAUAUUUAGCCGUACCGAAUAAUACUCCUGGAGCUCUUAAACAGACUAACAGCUAUCAUGAAGACGACACUUCUCGUCCGAGAUGCCCUUCAAAAAACGAGAUGCAUUCCCCUAAUUUACCGCCAUUGCAACACCGUCCUUCCGCGACUGUAUCUAAACGUAAGAAUUUUAUAUUUGAUUAA